CGCAUUUAGUGCUAUUCUUACGCUAAAUAAAUCCUUAACUGUCUAAAGAUAUAAAAAAUAAAACAGGUUAAAAAGGAUACAAAAAAACCGAAAUCACUUUAAAUCCCAAUAUUAAAUUGGGUUUUUUUUGUGUUGGCCAUUACUAAAGACGAAUGCCAAAAUUGCUGGCAGUUAUUGUCACAUAAGCCGCUUAACUUGCAACAAUAACAAACAUUUUUGAACGCCUUGAUUUUGCUCUUAAUAUUUUUUACGCACAAAGAGAUUAAAGCUCAACCAUAAAAGGAAAAAAAGAGAGAGAAAAGAAACCAAAUUAUCGAAGAAUAUUAAACGUUUAACAACAAUUGUCAAGGAUUCAAGGAUAUUCUUUUCUGCAGAAAUAACAUUUGUGUAAGCGUGUUACUCACUUAAACGACAAUAAACGUCGACUAAUUUAGCGUAAUGGCCGAAGAGGAGAAAAAGAAGGAAAAGGUGGACGAAAGGCUGGAAUUCUUAUGGAAUUACAUAAUGAAGACUAUGCGGCUUAAGCAGGAAAAAUGGACUAAAAUGUUAGCUACCAGUGAGUACAAGGAAAUUGUCAACGAAUUUCUCAAUGAAUCGUAUCAGGAAAGAGUUAUAUUCACCCUUAACUCAGCAGCGCUCUUGGUACCAUCCUAUAACUUUCCCGAAAAGCCUAUUAGUAAAAUGGUGUUCUUUGUACGACAUGAAGUACCUACUACCCUAACGGUAGAAAAUAUGUCCAAUGCCCUAAUGAUAGGAGAUCUGUUGCCUAAUGUUUUGGAAAAUCUAUCGGUACUCUGUGAUGAUGUCAUUUUUCCUUUAUUGAAUAAUCCCGUAAAUCAAAAUGGCUGGACCUCGGUUAUAGUGAAUGAUAUGAAAACUGAAUCUCAAGAUUUGCGCAAUGGUAUAGCUCAAAUGAAGGGUUUGGUAAUGAAUCGCACCAUCUUGCCUUUGCCAAUUUGUAUAGAUGAGGUUAUGGAAAGUGCACCGGCUAUAGCUCAAGGGGACUUAAGCAAAGUUAAUCACUUGAUGAAACAUUCUUUGGAAUUUAUGGUGGUUAAAUGGUUGGAUUCGGUGGAAGAUUUGAUACACAUUAAAUCGAGAGACAAAAUUUUCUCCAAAGAAGAAUUUCCCAGACCCGAGCAUUUAUUUAGCUUUUGGGAUGCACGUUUGGAGAAUUUGGAAAACUUAGCCGAUCAAUUGGGUGAUAAACGUAUAAAAACUAUAGGUUUUGUUUUGGAGAAAAUACGUUCGGUAUUUGAGAGUAGUUACAGACGCAUAGUGGAGCUGGUAUUGGAGGCCUUGGCAGAAGCCAGGGAUAUAACCAAAUAUUUAACGCCUUUGCGCAAAAUGAUAGAUAAAUUUGAAACUGGGGACUUAGAUGAAAACCGCAGUCAAUUGCGUCCUUUAUUAAUAACAGUGGGUUUGGUUUGGGGCCACUCUAAAUAUUUUCACAGUCUGGACAAUAUGGUCUUGCUAUUUCAGCUGUUGCACAACACCCUCAUCGAAUGUGCCAUGCGCACUAUAGAGGCCGAUGCCAUUUUUCAGGGAGAUGUAGAUGAAGCCUAUAAAAAGAUCACCACUAACAUUAACCAUUUGGAAUUCUAUCGUUCCACUUACAAUGAGACCCGCAAUACCCUCAAGAAAUUCAAAGUAGGCACUGAAUUUAAUUCCCAAGACUGGACCUGGCAUCCGGAGGAAAUUUUUUCACGUUUUGACAAAUUCAUAGAACGUUUACAUACCUUGGAAGAACUAUUCGAUACAGGCAGAGAUUUUAUGAAAUUGGAAAAAAUAACUGUGGGUGGUUUAAAGGGUCGUCAGAUUACCGCAGCUUUGGAGAAAAUUCUCGAAGAAUAUAAUGCUUUCUACAGAGAAUGGUCUAAUAUUCAAUAUAAUCCUUUAGAUCCUGAUGCUCAACUUUCAACUUUCUCAGAAGAUCGUUUGGCUUUUAAGGAAAAGACAAAUGUUUUAGAACGUAAAAUAGCUUAUCAAUUUGAAAAGGCACUCGAGGAUUCUCAUGAAUUGAUGUUAUGUGGCACUUUGCUAUUGAGACCCAUUAUUAAAGAGCACAUGGAUCCAUUUAUGCAUAUUAUAGUAGAUGAUUUUGCUGAGGAAAUCAAUGCUGUGAAGGUCGAUUUCAAUGAGUUUGAGGGAAUUUAUAGAGAGCGCGGAUUGAGUGCUUUAGCCACAGACAACUGUUUUCCUCCAACAUCGGGAGCUCUAACAUGGCUCGCUAAACUACAACACAGAAUUACUUGGAUGCAUACAGAGCAUGAACUGUAUGACUAUCCAAUCUUUGAAAAUGAACAUGGCGAAUAUACAUUAGGCCUGUACGAUGAAAUGAAUGAACAAAUUGAAGAAUUAAGACAAGAAAUUUUAAAAUAUUGGCGUGUGGAAGUGAAAAAGAAUAUAAAACAAGGCAUGGAGUUGAAUUUACUUGCCAAAGAGGACAAUAUUUUGUCAGUGAAUUUCCACACAAGUCUCAAAAAUGCCUUAAAAGAUACCAAAUACAUAUUAAUGAUGAAUUUUGAAAUACCCGAAGAAGUAAAAGAAUUCUUCGAUAAAGAAGAAAAAUUAUGGGAGGCUCGCAUAAAAUUGGAAAGAAUUUCCGAAUGGUAUAACGAUAUUAACAACAGAGCCAAGCCCAGUGAAAAGGCUUUAAUACAGGCCGAAUUAAUGUUAUAUGAACUAUUUAUGGAGCCUUUGAUUAGUAAAGUCACCUGGAAUAAUUUUGAUCAAAAUUUUAUUGUGGAAGUUUUCAAUAAAAUCGAAUAUCUACACAAACGUUUGGUCAAAUGUCAAGCCAAUGUGACCGCCAUCAAACGCAGCAUUAAUGCAUGGGGCAAAAUACCCUUAUAUAUGCGCAAAGAUCAGCAGCUGAAAGCAUUAUUGGAGACAGAACCCCGUAUGGUAAUAUUAACCAAACGUGUUGAACAGGCUUGCAGAACGGCAACAUUGAUUGAUAAACUCUUAUAUGAAAAUGCCAAAUUGUUUUUCGAUAUACCCAGACGUUAUGAAUUGCUUAAAGAGGACUUGGAAGGCGAGGAAGGUGAAGAAGAGGAAAUUGAGUUACCUCCCCCAACUGCAACACUACCUGCGGCAACAUCUAUUAUACCACAUAUUGACGAAGAUAUAGAGGAAGAAGAUGUGGAGGAAUUCGUAACAGCCCGUCAACGUUGGGAGCUACUACAGACGGUAACAGCUGGCGAAAGAGAACUAUUCCGAGACUAUGAACAAUAUGUAGAUCAGGAAAUUACCCAAUGUCUAUUGGAUGCGGUCAUCACCAGUUUAACUUAUUUACGCAUGGAGAUAGAAAAUCGCUAUGAAAAUAAUGCUCCAGUUUUCGAAAUUAUCAUGGAUUUACAAGAGCCUCAUGUGUGUUAUUUUCCCAAUCUGGAUCCUACUUCUAAAAUAGGUUUUACUUGUCAUGUGGAAAAGUUACUGGAGGAUAUGUAUCAUAUGAUGGAACUUUUGCCUCGCUGUGCUCAAGAUCCUCCUUUGCCGGGACAAGAUGGUGCGGAUUUUGGAGAUGAGAUAGCCGAUAAAACGGAUAUACACAAACAUCGCAAUGAUAUUUUAAAUAAAGUUAAAUUUGCUCUUCAGGCUAUACGUACACAUUCGAAAGCUUUCUUAGAAUUCUCCUAUUUAUGGAUGUGGGAUAGACAACAGUAUUUGUUUGAGGUUAAGAAAUUUGGCAAACCAUUAACACUGGCUGAGCGAGAAGCUGAGCUGGAGUCUGAGGGUAUGUCGGGUGUUAAGCCUUUGAAAGAUGAAAACAAUCCUCCGUUGAGUUUGUACAAGGAACAGUUGGAUAAAUUUAUUGCCUUAGAAGAGCAAAUAAGGCAAUGGGAAACAUAUCAAGAUUUCAAUGUGUGGUUACGUUUGAAUAAGAAGAGUUUCAAAAAUGCCGUACUCAAUCUGGUGGCCAAAUGGAUAAGCUUAUUUAAAAAAGAUCUCAUUGAUAGAGUUAAAAAUUCCCUCCAGGAAUUGGCCCAGUUUGUGGAGGAGGCAAAUGUUGCUUUGAAAAUUGAACUUAAUAAAGAUGACUUUGAUGGUCUAAUACAAAUUCUAUCGGUUUUGAAUACCAUCAAUGAAAAGCAAUUUAUUUAUGAUUAUAUGUUUGAGCCUUUGAGGGAGAUUGUUGAUUUGCUCAAGACUUAUAAUUAUGAGUUUGGUGAUGCUGAAAUGGUUAUGAUGGCAGAACUUCCGGAUAAAUGGACUAAGGUUAAGAAACAAGCGGCCACGGUUAAACAGAUCAUUGCUCCCAUACAAUCUUAUCAAGUGGAUCUGAUAGAAAAGCGCAUACUAUUGUGUGAUAAUAUGGCUUCCACAUAUCGCAAGAAGUUUCUCAGGAAGAAUUUCUUCCAUGUUCCCUGCCCUCAAGUUUAUGAGCUUAUCGAUGAGGCUGAUGUUGAAAUAUCCGAACUUGAGGCUCGUCAUUCUUCUCUCACCGGUUCGGCUGUACUAUUUGAAUUGCAAGGGCCAGAUGCCACAAAAAUUGAACGUUGUCGUCGUGAUUUACAACUCAGUAAAAUAAUGUGGGAUUUCUUUAUAACCAUAGCUUCCACCAUUGAGGAUUGGAAAAAGACUCCCUGGAAAAAGAUAGACAUCGAAGUCAUGGAUCAAGAAUGUAAGAAGUUCGGCAAAGAACUGCGUGCUCUAGAUAAGGAUAUGCGCAAUUGGGAACCUUAUCUGCAUACGGAAAAUUCUCUCAAAAAUCUCAUGACUUCCCUAAGAGCUGUAACAGAAUUGCAGAAUCCCGCCAUACGGGAUCGUCAUUGGUUUGAACUAAUGCGCACUACACAAGUCAAAUUUAGUAUGGAUGACUCUACCACACUCAAAGAUCUAAUCGACCUGAAUCUCCAUGAAUAUGAAGAGGAAGUUAAGAAUAUUGUAGAUAAAUCCGUAAAAGAAAUGGCCAUGGAAAAGGUGCUCAAAGAUUUACAAAAUACCUGGGCCACCAUGGAAUUUCAAAAUGAAAUUCAUGAACGUACUGGUCUCAAAUUACUCAAAUCUAGUGAAGAAUUAGUAGAAACUUUGGAAGAAAAUCAGUCACAAUUACAAAAUAUGGCUUCUUCCAAGUUUGUGGGCUUUUUCCAGGCCGAGGUAACCAGUUGGCAAACGAAGUUGUCUAAUGCAGAACAAAUAAUUACCUCUUGGUUUGAGGUUCAGCGUAAAUGGGUUUAUUUGGAGAGUAUUUUUAUUGGAUCCGAAGAUAUACGCUCUCAAUUGCCAGAGGACUCCAAGAGAUUUGACACUGUUGAUAAGGAAUUUAAAAAUCUUUUGAUACAAAUGAAUGCCGACAAGAAUGUGGUCAGAGCCACCAAUAGACCGGGUAGUAGACUAUACGAAACUUUGGAAAACCUGGCUAAACUUUUACUUCUCUGUGAGAAAGCUUUAAAUGACUAUUUGGAGACCAAACGUUUGGCUUAUCCGCGUUUCUAUUUUGUCUCAUCUGCUGAUUUGUUGGAUAUUCUCUCCAAUGGCAAUAAUCCCCAGAUGAUAAGCAAACAUUUAACGAAACUAUAUGAUUCAUUGGGCAAUCUUAGGCUUUUACCCAAUAGCAAAUUAGCUUCUGGCAUGGUGGCCAAAGAACAUGAGGAAUAUAUACCGUUUUUAGAAAACUGUGAUUGCAGUGGCAAGGUGGAAGUUUGGCUUAAUCGUGUCACCGAUAAAAUGCGUGAAACCUUAAGGGAUCAAUUAAGAAGGGCAGUUUUAGCCUACGAAGAAAAACCCCGACAUGUAUGGGUAUUUGAUUGGCCCGCCCAGCCGGCUUUGGUUACCACACAAAUUUGCUGGACCUCGGAGACAAAUGAUGCAUUUGCCAAGGUGCAACAACGUUAUGAAAAUGCUCUCAAGGAUUAUAACAAAAAACAGGUAACGCAGUUAAAUCACUUGAUAAACCUGUUGCUGGGUGAUUUAUCUGCCUCGGAUCGUGUCAAAGUGUGUACGAUUUGUACCAUAGAUGUUCAUAGUCGUGAUGUGGUAUCUAAGAUCAUAUCCUCCAAAGUGGAAAUGGCUUCUGCUUUCCAAUGGCAGUCGCAGUUAAGACAUCGCUGGGAUACCAAAUUCGAUGACUGUUUUGCCAAUAUAUGUGAUGCCCAGUUUCAAUAUGACUAUGAAUAUCUGGGUAAUACUUCACGUUUAGUUAUUACCCCACUAACAGAUCGCUGUUACAUCACUCUCACCCAGUCCUUACAUUUGAGAAUGGGUGGAGCUCCAGCUGGUCCAGCAGGAACCGGCAAAACUGAAACUACAAAAGAUUUAGGCAGAGCUUUGGGCAUUAUGGUUUAUGUUUUCAAUUGUUCCGAACAAAUGGACUACAAGUCCGUGGGCGAUAUACAUAAAGGCCUGGCCCAAACUGGUGCCUGGGGUUGUUUCGAUGAAUUCAAUCGCAUUUCAGUGGAAGUUUUAUCUGUGGUCGCCGUCCAAGUUAAAUGCAUACAAGAUGCCAUUAAAGCUAAGAAACUUAUUUUUAAUUUUCUCGGUGAAAUUAUUACGCUACGUGCCACUGUCGGUAUGUUUAUAACAAUGAAUCCAGGCUAUGCUGGACGUGCUGAAUUGCCGGAAAAUUUAAAAGCGUUAUAUCGACCUUGUGCCAUGGUGGUGCCUGACUUUAUGUUAAUCAGUGAAAUAAUGUUGGUGGGUGAAGGUUUCCAGGAGGCACGUUUACUAGCUCGCAAAUUCAUUGCACUUUAUGAGUUGUGCAAAGAAUUGUUGUCCAAACAGGACCAUUACGAUUGGGGUUUACGUGCUGUGAAGUCAGUGUUGGUGGUGGCUGGGUCAUUGAAGCGUGAUGACCGUCAAAGGCCUGAAGAUCAAGUCUUAAUGAGAGCUUUGCGUGAUUUCAAUACCCCCAAAAUUGUAACAGAUGAUGUGCCGGUAUUUAUGGGUUUAAUAGGUGACCUAUUUCCCGCUUUGGAUGUGCCACGCAAACGUGAUUUGGAAUUUGAGGCUGUAGUUAAAAGGUCUGCCAUAGAUUUAAAGCUGCAGCCGGAUGAUGGUUUUAUAUUGAAAAUAGUUCAACUAAAAGAACUGUUUGCCGUGCGUCAUUCUGUCUUUAUAAUAGGUUUUGCUGGCACAGGCAAAUCAGAGGUCUGGAAGACGCUCAACAAAACCUAUGCCAAUUUAAAGCGCAAACCUCACUACAAUGAUUUAAAUCCCAAAGCUGUUACCAAUGAUGAACUGUUUGGUAUUGUUAAUCCCGCCACCCGGGAAUGGAAAGAUGGUUUGUUUUCCAUUAUAAUGCGUGAUCAGGCGAAUUUGGGUGGCUCGGGUCCCAAAUGGAUAGUAUUGGAUGGUGAUAUAGAUCCCAUGUGGAUAGAGAGCUUAAACACGGUAAUGGAUGAUAAUAAGGUGUUGACAUUGGCUAGCAAUGAACGCAUAGCUUUAACCAAAGAAAUGCGUUUGCUAUUCGAAAUAGCCAAUUUGAAAACAGCCACCCCAGCCACUGUUUCUAGGGCAGGUAUUUUGUAUAUAAAUCCCCAAGAUUUAGGCUGGACUCCUUUCAUACUAUCCUGGCUAAAUACACGCACCAAUCAAGCCGAAAUAGCCACUCUACAUGUUUUGUUCGAUAAGUAUGUGCCUCCCAUGUUGGAGGUGUUUAAAGCACGUUUAAAGAAAAUCACCCCCAUAGCUGAUAUAGCCAUGUUGCAAAUGACCUGUUUCCUGCUUAACAGCCUGUUAACGCCACAAAAUGUACCCGCUGAUUGUCCCAAAGAAUGGUAUGAAAUCUAUUUUGUUUUCUCCAUAGUUUGGGGUUUUGGUUCCACUUUGUUUCAAGAUCAAAUCAUUGACUGGCGCAAUGAGUUUAGCAAAUGGUUUGUUAAUGAAUUCAAAACGGUAAAAUUUCCUGGCACCGGUAAUAUAUUCUCCUUUUAUGUGGAUCAUGAAACCAAAAAAUUUAGACCCUGGACCGAUUUGGUGCCUAGUUUUGAGCUAGAUCCUGAUAUACCUUUGCAAUCCAAUUUAGUGCAUACCUCUGAAACUACACGUCUUAGUUAUUUUAUGGAUGUUUUAAUAGGGGACAAUUACCCCACCAUGUUAAUCGGUCCACCAGGUUCGGGUAAAACUAUUAUAAUGAAUUUGAAACUGAACUCUUUGCCCACCGAGAAAUAUGCUGUAACCAAUGUCCCAUUUAAUUUCUACACUACCUCGGAAAUGUUGCAAAAUAUAUUGGAGAAACCUUUGGAAAAAAAGGCGGGACGCAAUUAUGGUCCUCAGGGUAAUAAAAAAAUGUUGUAUUUUGUGGAUGAUAUGAAUAUGCCCGAAGUGGAUAAAUAUGGCACGGUACAGCCUCAUACGCUCAUUAGGCAAUUUAUGGACUAUCGCCAUUGGUAUGAUCGUGUUAAGAUGACCUUAAGGGAUAUACACAAUUGUCAGUUUGUAUCUUGCAUGAAUCCCUCGGCAGGUUCCUUUACCAUAGAUCCCAGAUUGCAGAGACAUUUCUGUUCUUUUGCUGUCAAUGUUCCAAGUGCUGAUGCUUUAUUUCAUAUUCUCAACUCUAUUUUAUCCCAACAUUUAAAAAAUCCCACCCACAAGUUCGACAAGUCGGUCAUAAAUCUUUGUGAGCCUUUGGUACAAACUGCUAUUAACCUGCAUCAAAAGGUCGCCGCCUCAUUUUUGCCCACUGCUGUGAAGUUCCACUACAAUUUCAAUUUACGUGAUAUAGCCAAUAUUUUUACGGGCAUGCUGUAUGCUAAUUUCAAAACUUGUCCCAAUCCUAAUAUGCUUUUACGCUUAUGGGUCCAUGAGUGCAAUCGUGUCUAUGGCGAUAAGUUGGUGGAUCAAACUGACAUCAAUAGUUUUGGCAAAAUCAUAGCCGAGGCAGUGCGCAAAGGCAUAGAGGGCUAUAGCGAAGAAGUAGUAUUUGGCAAACCCCAUAUCUAUUGCCAUUUUGCCUUGGGUCUAGCGGAAAACAAAUAUAUGCCCAUUAGCGAUUGGGAACGUUUACACAAAUUACUGGAGGAGGCCCAAGAACGUUAUAAUGAUUUUGUGGGAGCCAUGAAUUUGGUGCUCUUCGAUGAUGCCAUGUGUCAUGUUUGUCGCAUAAGUCGAAUUGUAGAAUCUUCCCGAGGUUAUGCCCUUCUUAUUGGUGUGGGUGGCUCGGGCAAACAAUCUUUAACUAGAUUGGCUGCCUUCAUCUCCUCUUUGGAUGUGUUCCAAAUCCAAUUGACCAAAGAUUACAGUAUUAAUGAUUUAAAAGCCAACAUUGCCACUCUCUACGUUAAGUGUGGUGUUAAAAGUUCACCAUGUUGUUUUCUCAUGACCGAUGCCGAGGUAGCUAAGGAACAAUUUUUGGUUUUAGUUAAUGAUAUGUUAGCUUCGGGCGAUAUACAUGAACUUUUUCCCGAUGAUGAAAUUGAGAAUCUGGUUAAUGCUGUGCGCAAUGAGGUUAAACAGCUGGGUAUAAUGGAUAAUAGAGAGAAUUGUUGGAAGUAUUUCAUAGAAAAAGUUCGUGGUCUUUUGAAAGUUGUACUCUGUUUUUCUCCGGUGGGUAAUACUCUUAGGGUAAGAGCUCGUAAUUUUCCUUCUUUAGUCAAUUGCACCACCAUAGAUUGGUUCCAUGAGUGGCCUCAGGAAGCUUUGGAGUCAGUAUCUUACCGUUUCUUAUCUGAAAUAGAAGUUUUGCCCAAGUCUUUGGGUCAUCCGGUAUCGCGCUUCAUGGCUUAUGUUCACAAAACUGUCAAUGAUAUUUCCAAGGUGUAUUUGCUUAAUGAUAAGCGUUAUAAUUACACAACUCCCAAAUCUUUCUUGGAGCUAGUGAGUUUAUACACCAAAUUACUCACCGAAAAAGUUAAAGCCAAUUUAGAUAGACGCCAGAGAUUGGAAAAUGGUCUUAUUAAAUUGGCCAGCUGUUCCACAGAAGUGGAUGGUUUGCAGGAAGUCUUAAAGGUCCAAGAAGUAGAGCUAAAGAUCAAAAAUGACGAAGCCGACAAUCUCAUAAAAGUAGUGAGUUUUGAAAAUGAGAAAGUCUCCAAAGAAAGAGCUUUUGCUUCCAAAGAAGAGAAAAAUGUGCGUCAAAUUGAGGAAGAUGUUACCGCCAAGGCCAAAUUGUGUGAAGAAGAUUUUCGCAAAGCCCAACCAGCUCUUUUAGCUGCCCAAGAAGCUUUGAAUACCUUAAACAAAAACAAUUUGACUGAGCUGAAAUCCUUUGGUUCUCCCCCCGACGCCGUGGUUAAUGUCUGUUCAGCAGUAUUAGUUUUAUUUGCCCCCAAAGGUAAAAUACCCAAAGAUCGCAGCUGGAAGGCUUGUCGUGUUGUUAUGGGUAAUGUGGACAAAUUUUUAGAUAGUUUGGUUAACUAUGAUAAAAAACAUAUACACCCGGAUGUUAUCAAAGCUUUACAACCCUAUCUGGCUGAUCCAGAAUUUAAUCCUGAUACCAUUUUAGCUAAAUCUGCUGCUGCAGCAGGUUUAUGCUCUUGGGUUAUAAAUAUCAAUAAAUUUUAUGAAGUUUAUUUGGUGGUAGAGCCCAAAGAAAGGGCCUUAGUGGAGGCGGAGCAGGAGUUGAAAGAUGCCAGGGAUAAGCUAACAGCUUUAAAUAAUCGUCUUAAUGAAUUGGAGGAACAGUUGAAUGUUUUGCAAACGGCAUACGAUGAAGCUUUGGCGAAAAAGCAAAAAUGCCAAGAUGAGGCUGAUAAGACCGCCUUUACUAUUGAUUUAGCCAAUCGUUUGAUAGGUGGCUUAGCCUCGGAAAAAAUUAGAUGGACAGAGUCGGUGAAAAGUCUACAGCAUAGUCAGGUUACCAUGCCGGGAGAUAUACUUCUUAUAGCCUGUUUUAUAUCCUAUGUAGGCUGUUUUACUCGGGCCUAUCGUGUAGAGCUGCAAACGAAAAUGUGGAUUCCUGCCUUUAAAGCUUGCGAUCCCAAAAUCCCUUCCAGUGAGGGGGGUGAUCCCUUUGAAAUGAUUUGUGAUGAUGCCCAAAUUGCCGAAUGGAAUAAUCAAGGUUUGCCUAGUGAUCGUAUGUCAGCCGAAAAUGCUGCUAUAUUAGUACACUCGGAACGCUAUCCUUUAAUGAUAGAUCCCCAAUUGCAAGGCAUUAAAUGGGUUAAACAGAAAUACAGUUCCAACAUAGUGGUAUUGCGUCUAACGCAGAAAGGAUACAUGGAACAAAUCGAAAAGGCGGUUAGCAAUGGCAAUGUUUUACUGCUGGAAAAUAUAGGUGAAAACAUUGAUGCUGUGCUAAAUCCCCUGCUAGGACGUCAACUUAUCAAAAAAGGCACCUGCUUGAAGAUGGGUGACAAAGAAGUAGAUUUUAAUCCCAAAUUUCGUUUAAUACUACACACCAAACUGGCCAAUCCCCAUUAUAAACCAGAAAUGCAAGCCCAAACUACUCUCAUUAAUUUCACUGUUACCCGAGAUGGUUUAGAGGAUCAAUUACUAGCUGAAGUGGUGAAAGCUGAAAGACCCGAUUUAGAGAUCUUGCGUACUAAACUGACACAACAACAAAAUCAUUUUAAAAUUACUUUAAAAUUCCUGGAAGAUGAUCUUUUGCAGCGACUUUCUUCAGCCGGCGAGAAUGUGUUGGAAGAUGUCUCACUGGUCAUGAAUUUGGAAAAAACUAAGAAGACUGCCGAUGAAAUAGAGGUAAAGGUGGCUGAAGCCAAGAUUACAGCUGUGCAAAUUGAUACUGCCCGUGAAGCCUAUCGUCCUGCCUCGGAAAGGGCUUCCAUUAUCUACUUUAUACUUAAUGAUCUGUUCAAAAUUAAUCCCAUUUAUCAAUUCUCCUUGAAAGCUUUUACUGUAGUAUUUAGCAAUGCUAUAAUAAAAGCCGUACCCUCUGAAAAGCUUAAGGAGCGUGUGGAAAACCUUAUAGAUUCCAUAACAUUCUGCAGUUUUAUGUACACUUCCCGGGGUUUGUUUGAAGCAGACAAAUUAAUAUUCUUAACUCAACUGACUUUACAAAUUCUUAUUAAUGCUGGCGAGGUAGAGCCUUUGGAACUAGACUUUUUGCUGCGUUUCCCCUAUAUGGGUAAUGUUAGCUCCAGUCUUCCCUUCAUCACCAAUAUUGGUUGGGGUGGUAUUAAGGCUUUAAGUAAUUUCUCCGCAUUCAGAGGUUUGGAUAAAGAUAUUGAAGGUUCACAUAAACGUUGGAAGAAAUUUAUAGAUUCUGAGUGCCCGGAAAAAGAAAAAUUCCCUGGUGAAUGGAAAGGCAAAACAGCUAUACAGAGAUUGUGUAUAAUGCGCUGCAUCAGACCUGAUCGCAUGUCCUACUCCAUGAGGGUGUUCAUAGAAGAAAAACUGGGUACCAAAUAUAUAGAAGCGCGUUCGAUAGAAUUUUCGAAAACCUUUGAAGAAUCUAGUGCUGAGACUCAUAUGUUCUUUGUAUUAUCUCCUGGUGUGGAUCCUUUGAAAGAUGUGGAAAAAUUAGGUAAAACUUUGGGUUUUCAUGGAGAUCAUGAAAAUUUCCAUAGUGUAUCCUUGGGUCAGGGUCAGGAAGUGGUGGCUGAAAAAGCUAUAGAAACCGCUUCUCAGCAGGGUCAUUGGGUGAUUUUGCAGAAUAUACACUUGGUAGCUCGAUGGCUUUCUACUUUGGAAAAGAAAAUGGAAGCUUCUCUGAUCGAUGUUAAUCCCAAUUAUCGUUUAUUCCUAAGUGCUGAACCGGCAGGAGAUCCCGCCUAUCAUAUACUACCCCAGGGUAUUUUGGAAUCAGCCAUUAAGAUCACCAAUGAACCGCCUACUGGUAUGCAGGCUAAUAUCCACAAAGCCUUGGACAAUUUUAGUGAUGAAACUUUGGAAAUGUGUUCCAAAGAAACGGAAUUCAAAGCCAUCUUAUUUUCCCUUUGCUAUUUCCAUGCUGUGGUAGCAGAACGCCGUAAAUUUGGCGCUCAGGGUUGGAAUCGUGUUUAUCCCUUUAAUGUGGGCGACCUUACAAUAUCGGUUUAUGUUUUGUAUAAUUAUUUAGAGGCCAAUAGCCGAGUUCCUUGGGAGGAUUUACGUUACCUAUUUGGGGAAAUUAUGUAUGGUGGCCAUAUCACCGAUGAUCGUGAUAGACGUUUGUGUCGCACUUAUUUGGAAGAAUUUAUGCAGCCUGAGUUGAUAGAUGGUGAAUUGGAAUUUUGUCCUGGUUUUCCAGCUCCGGGUAUUUUAAAAUAUGCCGGUUAUCAUGAGUAUAUAGAUGAAAAUCUACCUCCUGAAAGUCCAAAUUUAUAUGGUUUGCAUUUAAAUGCUGAAAUUGGUUUCUUGACCACGGUAUCGGAACGUAUGUUUAGGGUGGUAUUCGAAUUGCAACCACGUUUAGCCAGCACCUCGGAUACGGGAGGAGAAGCUCAGUCCCAGGAAGAUGUGGUGAAAAGUAUGUUAGAAGAUCUUAUCGAUAAAAUACCCUCACCCUUUAACAUAGCCGAACUGAUGUCUCGAGUGGAGGAUCGUAAUCCCUAUAUCUUGGUAGCUUUCCAGGAGUGCGAACGCAUGAAUAUUUUAAUGGCUGAACUUAAAAGAUCUUUGCACGAAUUGGAAUUGGGUUUGAAGGGCGAACUUACAAUAUCCUCUAUAAUGGAACAGUUAAUGCAGUCCUUAUUUAUGGAUCAAGUACCAGAAUCUUGGACUAAAUUGGCAUAUCCCAGUACCUUAGGUUUGCAGUCUUGGUUUGCCGAUUUACAAUUACGUUUACGUGAAUUGGAGGGUUGGGUGGCAGAUUUUCGUUUACCUUCAUCAGCUUGGUUAGGAGGUUUCUUUAAUCCUCAAAGUUUUCUUACGGCCAUUAUGCAACAGACGGCACGAAAAAAUGAAUGGCCAUUGGAUCGUAUGUGCUUGAAUACAGAUGUGACCAAGAAAUUUAAGGAGGAGAUAACCUCCGCUCCCCGUGAGGGUGCUUAUAUAAAUGGUUUGUAUAUGGAAGGUGCCCGCUGGGAUAUGACCAUGAAUACCAUAGCAGAUGCUUAUCUAAAAGAAUUGUUCCCAGCCAUGCCGGUCAUCUUCGUUAAAGCAGUUCAAAGGGACAAACAGGAUGUCAAGAAUGUCUAUGAGUGUCCCGUAUACAAAAUUAGACAACGUGGUCCCACUUUUGUUUGGACAUUUAAUUUGAAAACCAAGGAAAAGGCUGGCAAAUGGACACUGGCUGGCGUUUGUCUACUGUUACAAAUUUAAAAUGUUUAUUUAGCAUUCUUUAGUUAAAACACCAAAGAAAAAAUAAGUUUCAAUGUUUUAGUGUCCGUCUGUCGGUGCUAAACUAUUACUAUUGCUACACAUUGUUAAGAAACGUUGUUGAUAAAAUCUCUUUGAUGAUUUUGACAAAAUGAUAACAAAAAAAAAACUUACAAAUCGCCAGAAAUCUUAAAUGUAUAAAGCACAAAAACUGUACAAAAGAGAUUGAAAAGCAGCUAAGUGUGUCCUUAUUAUAUUUUUUGUAAUUUUUUUUAAAUUUUUGUUUUUUUUUUUUCUGCUCAUCUUUAAAUACAAUUUCAAUGUUAUUUUUCG